AUGCCGUUCUGUCAGUUUUUCAAGAGUCUUCCAGGGGAAUGUGAGAUGGUUGCCAGUCAAUGUUCCCGGGACUGGCGUUUCUUGCUUGCCGCCUCUGCCAGGGUUACUUGCUGUGGGGCGUUCCCACUGGCAUCUUCUAUAGGUGCCUCUUUGACCAUUUUGCGCCCGCCGUGGGACCGGCUCUGGGGAUUGGGCCUGUCUUCCUGUUGGCUCAAUGCGCCUUUUUGGAUUUCGCUACCGUUGACACCGAUGAGUGCCAGCUCGGUAUAUGAACACCAGCGGCUGUCAUUGCUCACCACCGCGCGGCCUGCUGCCUGCUUUUUCCCCUCGUUGUCAGGGUACCAACAGCGUGCCUGGACUCUUGCCACGGUCAAUGACCUUUCCAGACUUUCCGUUUGUUCCAGCGGCGGUCCCAUCGGGCUUACCUGGUGGUCCCCGUCCGCCCCUUUUCCUGCUACCUUUGUGCCGAAUGACUGUGUCAUCACCUGCCUUGGCCAGAGGUCUUUCCGCUUGUGCUGCACCGGCGUGUCGCUAAACUGCAGGUGGCACCCCUUGGUUGCUGGUGAUACCCGGCCCUUUGCAUGCCCUACCGCUUCUGUGUGGAGAACCGCUGCGGUCCUUUUGUCUUCCCUCCAGGACACUGCCUACUGUGAUGGUGGUGCUAGCUGGCGCCUGAGUCCACUUGCCGGUGUUAGAAUUGGUGAAGCGCGCGUUCCAGGACCCGCGAAGCAAACAUGUUUGCGUAAUUGGUGGCAGCAGGAAGUCCCUCAAACAAAAGGUCCGUCUCCCAAUCAGCGCAAGGGCGAGUGCGUCUUCGCUGUGAUCAACCCCACUAGCAUUCUGCAUAAGGUGCCACAGUGUCUGCAGACCAAUGCAGAUGUCAUCUUUCUGUCUGAGACAGCAGCUGUUCAACAGGUUCAGACCAGCACUGGCCGUGAGUUUUGCAAGAAUGGCUUCAAGUGCCAUUGGGGCCAGCCGGUUCCCUCUCAUCAGCACUCUGAGUUUUCUUCGCCAGGUCUCCGUGGCUAUGCAGCCGGUGUGGCUGUUGUCUCCAGACUUCCCUCUCGAGCUGCACGCCCGAGCUUGCCGGAGGUAGAUCGUGCUACUUGUCGGCUGACUGAAGCCUUUGUGAGGGUCGGUGCUUUGGAGGUCCGACUAGUGUGUGUCUAUGGUUACCCGGCUUCCCGCUUUGAUUACCGCACUGCCAAUGAAGACCUCUUGUCCCGCGCACUAGAUAGGGUUACGCAAAAUGGGGUACCUGCUAUCAUAGCAGGAGAUUUCAAUUUGCCGCCUUCCGAAGUGCCUUCAGGCCAGAAGUUGCUUGACAUAGGGUAUCGUGAGAUGUUCUCACUUGCCAAAUCUGCUCGUGGUGUUGAGCUGCCGGCCACAUGUCGGGGCAGCACUCGUCACGACAGUGCCUUACUUCACCCAACUUUGGUGCCACUCUGGCGUGAUGCAUGGGUCCUGACAGACCAACACUUGUUUGACACACAUGCACCUUUGUGUUUCAGCCUCGAGGCCUGCUGCCAAAGACCCUGCCGCCAAAUUUGGAACAUGCCCCGAUCGUGGUCUCAGCUUGGCCUUACCAAGGAGACUUUUGCUACCGCUUUCGCGCCCAGGUCCCAAAAUUUGUUGCGCCAGGCUGAGGCCUGCGAAACUGUGGAGGAUGUUGAUGCGGUACUUCGUGAUUUUUCCAUUGCGGCUGAACACGCAGCUUCGGGUGCUCUUGCCGAGCUCCACCGGCGUGAUCCUGUGCGGCAUCCUCAACGGAGCUUGCCAAAGGCUUUUCGGGGACGGUGCCAACCACUGCCUGUUGUCAAACGGGAGCUGCCCUGCCUGGCCCGGCCCGCUCGCGAUGGUGAUUACACGCCGGAUGUUGAGGCUACUUCGGUUCUUGCUAGAGUUAGGGUUCGCCAGGUUAGAAGGGUCCAAACUCUGCUCCGAGGGUUGAAAAAGGUGGUUGCCUCCCGGGCGCAUUCGUUUCCUUCUUGCCUCUUCCUUGAGUGGGCGGCGAUUGUGCGUGCAAAGGGAUACACGCCCUCCUUUAAGAGUUGGGUUUUGUCGGUCGCACAUUUCACUGCUUUCCCCCUCGAACUUCCCGGGAUUGAGUGGCUCGAGGACCUGCUUCAAUACCUUCGGUUUGACUGCGAUGCCCUGGCCCGUCGGGAGGCGAAGGAGCGUAAGGAUAAGUUUCGGUUCCGGGUUGCACUUGAUCAGGCUGAAGGUGGCCAGAAGCAGGGCUUUAGUGCAGUCCGCCGGCCCGAGAAUCCGCCCUUCACUGAGGUCCCAUGUAGUGUGUCAGUGGCUGUUGAGCGCCACAUGCCGACAGUCGAUGCUACUGCCUGGUACCAACUCGCCCGUGCUGUGUGCCUUCGGGUGCCUGGCCCUGCUCUGUUGUCUGAUUGCUGCUGUGAGGUGCUUGAACAGGCUGGCCGAUCAGUCCGGUUGCGCGGCUCUGAUUUGCCUGCUGUGGGCCAGCUGCGGCAGCAGUACAUUGCUUGCACACCACAGGAAUUGCAUGCCGCGUUUCGUGCUUUCUGGGAGCCACUGUGGCAGAGGGAUGCUGGCGCUGCUUGCAGCUCCUUGGAGGAGUGGCCAGCAUUUGUGGACUGUCUCCAGGACUGCGGCGAGGGCUUGCCUCCUUUGAAAAUUCGCUCGUAUGCCCCCGACCUGUGGGAACUUGCGAUCAAGCGGAUGGGGCGACAUAAGGCCACGGGUGCUUGUGGAUGGAGCCCGGGGGAUCUGAAGCUCCUUUCAGGUGCAGCAGUGCAGGUGCUGAGCAUGGCUUUCCACCAGGCUGUGACCAUUGGUUUGCCAGAACACUUGCUCCGCGCCAAGGUUGGCGUAUUGGCCAAGGUCCCGGACCCUACCUCCAUCCAACAGAGUAGGCCGAUUACUGUCUUUGCCACCCUUUAUAGGAUUUGGUCUUCGGUUUUCACAAGGCAGGUCUUACAGCAGUGGUCGCCAAACUUCCCUCUUGCCAUUGCUGGGUCAAUGCCAGGGCGAGCGUGCCGUGACUUGAGUUACCGCCAGCAGCACCAGAUUGAGCAGUCCCUCCUGAGCUCGGUGCCGCGACUGGGGAUGUCAUUGGACAUUGUGAAAGCUUUCAAUCAGCUAGGCUGGCCCCCGAUGUUCUGUAUGCUUCGCCGGGCAGGUGUGCCAGAGCCCGAACUGCGUUUCUGGUUCAAUUGCUUGAAAUCCUUGCAACGCUUCCCUGUCCUACAGGGCCAGAUGGAGCAGGGUAUUGCUUGUCACAAUGGGGCUCCAGAGGGUGAUCCCUUCUCAGUUGCCGCAAUGGCCUGCCUGUGCUUUUGGGCCCACCGUUUCUGCCAGUCGCCAAGAGUUGACUUCGACACGUAUGUCGAUAACUGGGCCUGGUCGUCGGACUCCAGGUCCGGGCUUCAGACAGCAAUCCCGCGGGGUUUGCAUUUCUUGUCUGUCCUCAGGUUGCCGGUGGACUGGUCUAAGUCCUACAUGUGGGCCACAAAGCGAUCUGACCGCCAAUGGUGGCGCCAACAAGGCUUGCUUCUUUUCCCGUCUGAGUGUGGCAUUCGCUUGGUGUCGGAAACAAAGGAGCUUGGGGUGAGUUUCAAAUAUGACAAGCAGGGGCAUGCCGCCUCCCGAAACCAACGCCUCGUUGAAGGUGUCCAGCGUCUUGAGCGGUUGCGCGGCCAGCCCCGCAGUGUUUGCUCCAAGGCCAGCUUGAUCCAGCGAGGAAUUUGGCCUGCCUGCCUCUACGGCUCUGAAGGCCAUUGUUUCUCUUGUAGUGAUUUGCAGAAGCUCCGCAGCUUGGCAGCACGUGCAAUGGUGGGAAAUUACAAGGUGUUGUCCCCGUUCCUUGCGUUGGCAGCCCUCACUGACACAGUGCAAGAUCCACAACUAUAUUGCUUGGAACGCCAGCUCCAGCAGCUCCGUCGGGCUUGUCGACAUGACGAGGAAACUGCCGCCUCCAUCGUUCUGCUGGCGGCCACUUCGGGUCCAUUGCGAGCCGCGCAUGGCCCGGCUACUGCCCUGGCCUUGUCUUUGCAGCGGAUCGGGUUGCAUAUUGACUUGGAUGGCUGUAUUAAGGGUCCUGAUAACGAUAGGCUUCAUUUGGGUACCUGCACCUCCCGGGAUGUCAGGAUGUUCCUGCGGUCUUCUUGGGCAUACCAUGUUCAGCUGCAGGUACAACACCGCAAUGGCCUCUCCUGUUGUGCUCCUCCGUGUGCAGUUGUCACUGGGAGGUUGCUCUUGAAGCUUACGGCUGCUGAACAACUUGUGAUCGCUCGACAUGUCACCGGGGCUUUUGGCUCUGAAGCUGCCAAGGCGAAGUGGGCUGAGGAUGCAGAUGGCUCCUGUCCACUCUGUGGUGCCCCGCAGACAAAGGCCCAUAAGUUCUUGAGUUGCCCUGCACUGUCCCACGUUCGGAAGGACUGGCAGCAGUAUGUGGAUUGUGCAGUACAGUCGUGGCCGCACUGGCUGCAUGGCCCCUUUGCAACGGUCCCUGUUGACCUGGAGAUCCCUCGUCUGGUGUUCCAAACACGCAAACUCGAGGUACCGAAGCUUCCGGAGGUCGUUCCGUCUCCUUGGCCUAGAACUAUAGCGCGCUUCUUCACUGAUGGCUCUUGUGUGCACCCCACUUGCCCACGAGCGGCCCGCGCCGCGUACGCGGUGAUUCUUGACUGCAGUUCCAGUGACAUCGAGCUCCCAACAUUGCUACGUCAGUUUCGAGUGAGUGGUACCUUGCCUGCAGAACUGUUGGUUGCCGAUCAAGGGUUUGUGCCUGGUUCCCAGACUAUUAACCGGGCAGAGUUCUGCGCCAUUCUGCAGGCGAUCCAACUUGGGGUGCAGCUCGGGGUUGCGCAAGUCGAGAUAUGGACUGACAGCCAGGUUGCAAUUGAUCAGUGGCAACAUAUUGCAGCAGGCGGUUUGCCUGCGUGGCCUGACCUGUGUGAGGGGCUGAACUUUGGUGCAAUGCCUCAGGUUCUGCUCAAGAAGGUUGCUUCUCAUCAGAAUCUUGAACGCUUGGUUGGCUUGCCACAAUGGUGUGCCGCAGGAAAUACCGUCGCUGAUUUGGCGGCAAAGAGUGCACUGCAAAGGGAAUUCUCUGUUGUCGGGGACAUUUGUCAGCAGGCUGCCACGUCGGAGGCUGAGCAGCGUGACCUGCUUUGGCUUUUCUGGCGCUACCUCCUUAGUUUGUCUAGGGAGGAGGCACGACUACUGCGUACUACCGUACCUGAGGAUCCUGAUACUUCCCCGCAGGUGGCACCGAGUACAGUGAGAGAAGAUGGCCUGCAAACUGGCGCUGAACAAUGGCUGCAGCUGUCCCGGCCGCCCUUCCGCUCGUGGCUAUUGCCCCUUCCUGAGCGUGCUUGGCUCCUGGCCUGCACCUGGCCACCAUGGCUUUCUGCUCCAUUAUGGCAUUGGGCAAGGUCGCUACAAUGGAGUGAGGAGACGUACGAGGGACGAGCAAUCACAGGAACUGCCUACAUUGAGCUGCUGGUGAAUUUUGUGGUGGUUUCCCGGAUCGUCCCAACUGACACACUUGCCGCAGCGUGUCAGUUGGACGGUCCCCAGCGAAGCUUUCCCAACCCAGUCACCGUUCGGCAACUUACGCAUGGCAUGAUUGAGGCUGUCCGACAGUUGGAGAGAUUGAGCAAGUGCCGGCUUUUGCCUGCCCGUCGGAACAAGGUUUUUGCCCUUCGCAGUCUGGGAUAUCAGGAUGCGAGAAUCGGUGUGGGAAUUCGUCCUGCUUUUCAAAACGCAGAGAGUACUGUAAAGAUUUUGAGCCAGGUGUUGCAGCAACAAAGCUGCCUACCGUUGCAGCAUUAUGUGCAGACUGCGUCUGUGAGACUUGCGCUGACCAAGGACUGGAAGGCUCGGCGUCGCUUUGUGCUGGCCACAGCCUUCGUGUCCAUCUUCCAUGCGAUUUUCCUGAUCAACAGCUGGGUGAGCCGAGGGAAGAUGAGCCAAGCCCUCGCGAUUGGCAUCAGCGCGCCGCUCUUGCUCAACGUGCCUGUGUCACUGCAUCUCACGUUGCAGGGGCAGUGGUGGGUGCAGGAGCUCUCAAAAGCCUAUCCUGGCUGGCCAGAAGUGUUCUUCUCCUCCAACUAUGCGUUGGCCUGGGCAGGCUCGAUGGUCACUUUGGUCCUCUCGCUGUACGAGAGGAAGGUCUGCGACCUCAAUCAACGGGCUUUGAUGACUGUGUUUCUUGGCGUGAUCUGCUUCACCGUUAUUCCUUUGCGAGCCAUGCUGCUUGUGCCGCAGUGGUUUGGUGAUGACUGGAGUUGGGGCAAAAAAGCCUUGGCAAAGGCUGCCAAGGCCGUGAAGGGCACCGUUAGCACGAAGGCGAAGAAGAUCCGCACGAAAGUUCGCUUCUACCGGCCGAAGACCCUCAUCAAGGCGCGGGACCCGAAGUACCCGCGAAGGUCCGUGGAGAGUCGUGGCGACAAGCUCGACAAAUACCGCAUCAUCCAGUGCCCGGUCACCACGGAGUCUGCCAUGAAGAAGAUCGAGGAGAUCAACACCUUGGUCUUCCUCGUCGACCUCAAGGCGACGAAGCCGAAGAUCAAGGAGGCCGUGAAGCAGCUCUAUGACGUGAAGUGCGCGAAGGUGAACACUCUUAUCCGACCCGAUGGGAAGAAGAAGGCCUACGUGCGCCUCACGCAGGACUACGAUGCCCUGGAUGUGGCCAACCGAAUCGGUAUCAUCUGA